AUGUCGGAACCAAGGAUACCGUGGUCGCCCGCGCUCUCCUCUACGUCUUCCACUGCAUCUACCACAGCCACGAUUAUCGACAGCUCGCCUAAUCCGAAGUCGGUCUCGAACCUGUUCAAGCAGCUCAAGUACUUGGUGAUUGGACUGACGCUCAGCUUGUACUUGCAAGUGCCGCAGCAUUUGUCAGAUGCGGUUUCGCUCGGGGUUUCUUCGGUAUCGGCCAAGCUUGCGCUUCUCUCGCUGGCGCUGCUGGUUGUGACACUGGCGAUUUUUACGCACAUCGUGCUGUUGCCGGCACGCGGGUUUGCUGUCAACUACGUCGACUGGAAAUCGGAUGUGCGUCUAGCAACGUCGAUUCCAGCACUGACCGUGUGUAUUCUGCUUGGCUGGUCGAGCCUGUUGAUCACGCUGAGUCCACUAGGUGCCCCGCUUCCUCCAUCGUCCGGUAUACACGAGCGGCUCGCUCAAGCGGCGCAACUGGUCAACUCGCGCUCUCUGCUCGCGCAAAUCAACACGCUCCCUACCACGUAUUUCUCGUCUUCAACGCGUGAGAUCUCGUGGGACAAACUCUCCAGCUUGCUGUCUCUCUCAUCGUCUAGCUCAAGUACACUGCAUACGUACUUUGACCAACUCUCCGCUAGAGCCGACCAGUGGUCGCACGCAAAUCUCCGAGCCAUAGGCUGGACAGGCGCCCUGAUCGCAAGUAUAUCUACCUACCUUGCCGCUUUCGGUACCAUCGGCAUCAUCGGCUUUCUCGCUCCUGAUAAUCGUCCCAGCAAACACAAGUCCUUCUGA